CGUUAUCGUUUUGCGUCAGCGGUGUCACGUAAGAAGAGCCUCAUCAACUCGUCUCCUCUCUCCCAUGCAGGCUCCCCUCCACCGGCUCUGGCUGCUGCCUCUCGUUUCCAGCAUCGCCUGGUUCCUCACUCUACUGGUAUUGCUGAUCACGUGGGUCGCGAGAGGGACACCGCGAUAUCCCGGCCAGGCCAAUCCUUAUGUCGCCUUCAUUUCGGACAUCGCGGCCUUCGAGCUAAAGCCCCUCUUUCUCGUUGGAUCAUGUAUCACAGCCUUCGCCUUCAUCGGCACCGUCUGCGCCGUUCAUUUUGCGCGGUACAACCGUCGCAUGUACGGAAUUGACGACGUAUGGUAUAAGCACUGGACGUCGUUCGUAGCCAUGUUGUCUGGCGUUGUUGCCGGCGCAGGCCUGAUUCUUCUGGGCGUUAUGGACACGUUUCGCUUUCACGAGGAGCAUCGGAUCUUGCUCUUGGUGUGCUUCAGCGGGCUGGCUUUGUCGGCGCUUUGUACGACGCUGGUAUACUUUGAUCAGACCAAGAAGCCGUCGCGGUUUCGACUGCUACGGCUGUAUUGCUCGGCGAGCGCAACCAUAGUGUUGACGGAAGUAGGGCUGGGGACAUGUUUCACGGGGCUGAUGUACUCGGGCUACUGGCGCAUCGCGGGCAUCUUUGAGUGGACCAUGGCGUUUGUGGGCUCGUUGUACAUGCUGGCGUUUGUGGGAUUUGUCGCAGUUCCGCCCGAGGGCAUCGACGCGCGGGAAAGGGAUCCCUUGCUCCAGGAGAGGGGGGGCCAAGAAUGGUAGCGGUAGCGAAGGGUGGGGGA